UGUUCGACGACAACAAAAUGUCAACAAGAACGACGCCACAAAUAAAAUCGAGGCGUCCUUUGCCUCAAAAAUAUCCAGAAUGGAAGUAUUUCUUUCAAGAUACUUCAAGUGAAAAUCACAGAGGCUCAUUUUUCCUAUUGGCAAUAAUAUUUAUCUCAUCUUUGUUAUUGAUGGUGUUUCUUUACACGCGUUUUCCCAAAUUAAAACAGGAGGAUGCAGCUAAGAUGAAACUACCUAUGAAUAUGGAAGAUGCAAAGGGUCUUGCUACAGUCUUAUCCAAUUAUAAAGAUGAUUAUUUUUUUACAGUUGUACUAGCAUUCUUCUACACAUACAUAUUCUUACAAUCAUUUGCAAUUCCUGGUUCAAUAUUUCUGAGCAUUUUAUCAGGAUUUCUUUUCCCAUUUCCACUUGCCUUAUUUUUAGUUUGCCUGUGCUCUAGCCUAGGUGCAUCGUUCUGUUACCUACUUUCAUACUUAGUCGGAACAAGAAUUAUCAAAUAUUAUUUUCCUGAACGAAUUAUUGAGUGGCAAGCAAAUGUACAAAAACACAAAGACGAUCUAUUAAGUUAUAUAAUUUUCCUUCGUAUAACGCCAUUUCUACCCAACUGGUUUAUCAACAUCUCAUCUCCUGUUAUUGACGUUCCUCUCUUGCCUUUCUUUGUUGGGACAUUUGUAGGCGUUGCUCCACCGUCAUUUGGUUACAUCACUGCUGGUGUUGAGGUUCACAAGCUGACGACAACAGGAGACGUUAUGACAUUUCAAUCGAUAGCAAUCGUUAUUGUCUCAGCCUUACUUUCCCUCGCACCUGUCUUGUUUAGAAGACAAUUGAGAAAAAAACUAGAAUGAUUCAAGAAACACAAUUAUCUCGCUAUAAACCGCUCCUCGCUGACUCGUACGAACGUCGCAACUAUAUUGUAAAAUAAUGUUUUAAUUUGUUGAAUGCAUGUUUUUGUAACUGAUCAACAAAAUGGAAGAUCUUUACUUUUGUGGCAGAAAUAAAGAAACAUUGAUUCCUCGGA